AUGACGGACUACAAGUUUGAGGGUUGGCUCGGCCGCACCCCCGACGCCAUCAACGGAAAGAUGGAGUGGGGAGAGUUCGAACCCAAGGUCUGGACCGAAGACGACGUCGAUAUCCAAAUCACCCACUGCGGUAUCUGCGGCUCCGAUCUCCACACUCUCCGCUCCGGCUGGGGCGAAACUCCCUACCCCUGCUGCGUCGGCCACGAAAUCGUCGGAAAAGCAGUCCGCGUCGGCAAAAACGUCAAACACAUCAAAGUCGGCGACCGCGUCGGCGUAGGCGCCCAAGCUCGAAGCUGCAUGCAGCCCGACUGCCCCGAGUGCAGCGUCGGCCAAGAGAACCACUGCUCGCGCGCGGCCGUCAACACCUACGGCUCUGUCUACCCCAACGGCGAGGGCAAAUCCUAUGGAGGUUACUCCGACUAUAACCGGACGAACGGGCACUUCGUGCUCAAGAUUCCCGAUUCCCUGCCUUCGGAGCUCGCGGCGCCCAUGCUUUGCGGUGGUAUCACUGUUUUCUCCCCUCUGAGGCGAAACGGGUGCGGGCCUGGGAAGAGCGUCGGCAUCGUUGGCGUGGGUGGUCUGGGACACUUUGGUGUUCUGUUUGCGAAGGCUCUUGACGCUGAUAGGGUUGUGGGCAUCUCGCGGAGGGCGAGCAAGAGGGACGAGGUCCUUGCGCUUGGUGCGGAUGCUUACAUCGCUACGGCCGACGAAGAGGGCUGGGCUAAGAAGAACGCGCGGACUUUGGACCUCAUCGUCUCGACGGUUUCGAGCGCCGACAUGCCGCUCUCCGACUACCUCAAGCUCCUCAAGGUCGGUGGCACGUUCAUCCAGGUUGGCGCUCCCGAUGGCGGUAACCUACCCCCUAUCAACGCUUUCACUCUCAUCGGCAGCGGUAUCAAGGUCGGUGGUAGCCUUAUCGGUCCUCCUGGGGAGAUCCAGGAGAUGCUCGACUUUGCGGCUAAGAACAACGUCAAGCCGUGGGUGCAGCUCCGGCCGCUCAAGGAUGCUAAUCAGGCGGUUAUUGAUAUGACGGAGGGUAAGGCGAGGUAUAGGUAUGUGCUGGUGAAUGAGAGGCAUGCUAAGUUGGGGAACUUGUGA